ACAUCUGCAAGGAAAGAAGCUGAACAAAUCAACAUUAACCAGCAGGAUAUUUUCCCUGGACUAUUAGCUUUCUGGAUAGAAAGAAGAGUGACGCUGCUUCUAAAAUGAGUCUCGAUGAGAAAACAGAGGAGGGAUGUUCUCAGUCCCAGAGAUCUCCAGAUCCCAGCUGUGUGUCCGUGAAGAGUGACAUAUCCAUGAAUUAUCCUUUUAACCUCAGUGAUAAACCUGAUCCUAUGGUCAUGAAAGAAUCCAGUUCAGCAGCCCUGCAGGAGGAGACUGGAGACCUGCAGAAAUCAGUGAAGAAUGAAAUACAGAGAGUCAAAGACCGGCUCAAAACCAGCAUGAAGAAAAAAUAUGAGAGAUUAUUUGAAGGAACCAAACCACAAGAGAAUGAAACCCUCCUGAACAGGAUCUUCACACAGCUCUACAUCAUAGAGGGAGAGAGUAAAGGAGUGAAUGAAGAACAUGAGGUUUUACAGAUGGAGAAAUCAGCCAGAACACAACACUCACAAGACACUCCAAUUGACUGCAAUGACAUCUUUAAAGCCUCACCUGAACCAGGAUGUGAGGAGAAACACCAAAUCAAGACUGUUCUUACUAAAGGCAUUGCUGGAAUCGGAAAAACGGUCUCUGUGCAGAAGUUCAUUCUGGACUGGGCUGAGGGAAAAGCCAAUCAGGAUGUGGAUUUUAUAUUUGUGCUUCCAUUUCGAAAGCUGAACUUGAUCCGAGAUCAUCGGUACAGUCUUCACAGACUUCUGCUGGACUUUCAUCCUGAACUUCAAGAUCUGGACUCAAAGAUUUAUGAGGAGUGUAAAGUUGUGUUUAUCUUUGAUGGUCUGGAUGAAAGCAGAAUGACACUGAAGUUUUCAGACACUCAGAAAGUUUCUGAUGUGACUGAGACUUCAUCUGUGGGUGUGUUGAUGUCAAACCUCAUGAAAGGAGAGCUGCUUCCCUCUGCUCUCAUCUGGAUCACCUCCAGACCAGCAGCAGCCAAUCAGAUCCCUUCCAAAUACAUCAACCGUCUGACAGAGAUUCAGGGAUUCAAUGAGUCUCAGAAGGAGGAAUAUUUCAGGAAGAGAAUCAGUGACGAGCAUCAAGCCAGCAGAAUCAUCUCACACAUCAAAAGAGCAAGAAGCCUCCACAUCAUGUGCCACAUACCCGUCUUCUGCUGGAUCUCAUCCACUGUGCUUCAAAAGCUUCUGAAAGAAGAUCUGAGUGCAGAAAUCCCUCAAACUCUGACUGAAAUGUACAUCCACUUCCUGCUGAUUCAGAUCAACAUGAGGAAACAGAAAUAUGAAAAGAGAGAUCCAGAGAAACUCCUCCAGUCCAACAGAGAAGUGAUUGUGAAACUUGCUGAAGUGGCUUUCAAACAGCUGAUGAAGGGCAAUGUGAUGUUCUAUGAGGAGGACCUGAGAGAGAGCGGCAUAGACAUCACUGACGCCUCAGUGUAUUCUGGGAUUUGCACUGAGAUCUUUAAGGAGGAAUCUGUGAUUCAUCAGAGGAAGGUCUACAGCUUCAUUCAUCUGAGCAUUCAGGAGUUUCUUGCUGCUUUUUAUGUGUUUUACCAUUAUGUAAUAAAACAUGUUGACACAUUGCAGUUUAUUGAUGUAGUGCAUAAUCUACUUAGAAGUGCAGUAGAUAAAGCCAUUGAGAGUGAGAAUGGACACCUGGAUCUGUUCCUGCGAUUCCUGCUGGGCGUCUCACUGGAGUCCAAUCAGAGACUCUUACAGGAUCUACUGACACACACAGAGAACAGCUCAGAGAGCAUCAGGAGAACCACACAGUACAUUAAAGAGAAGAUCAAUGAUAAAAAUGAACUCUCCACUGAAAGAUCUAUCAAUCUGUUCCUCUGUCUGCUGGAAGUCAAAGAUCAGACUCUGUCCACAGAGAUUCAGAAGUUUGUGAAAUCAGACAAACACUCAGAGAAGAAACUCUCUCCUGCUUAUUGCUCAACAAUCGCCUACAUGCUUCAGAUAUCAGAGGAAAUGCUGGAUGAGCUGGACCUCAAGAAAUACAACACAUCAGAUGAGGGUAGAAGAAGACUGAUACCAGCUGUGAUCAAUUGCAGAAAAGCCCUUCUUGCUGGCUGUAAUCUCAACAAACAGUCAUGUGAAAUUGUGUCAUCAGCUCUACAGUCCUCAAACUCUGUCCUGAGAGAGCUAGACCUGAGUAACAAUGACCUACUGGAUUCAGGAGUGAAGUUGCUUUCUGAUGGACUGAAGAGUCCAAACUGUCAGCUGGAGAUACUGAGGUUGUCAGGCUGUAUGGUGACAGAGGAAGGCUGUGGUUAUGUGUCUUCAGCUCUGAGUUCAAACCCCUCACACCUGAGAGAGAUGGAUCUGAGCUACAAUCACCCAGGACAAUCAGGAGUCCAGCUGCUCAACGACAAACUGAAUGAUCCAAACUACAAACUGCAGAUACUCAAUUUGGAUCAUGGAGGGCCCUUCAGGAUAAAACCAGGACUACAAAAAUAUGCCUGUGAUCUCACACUGGAUCCAAACACAGCACACACUCAACUCAUUCUGUCUGAGGAGAACAGGAAGAUCCAAUAUGUGAAAGAUCAUCAGCCGUAUCCUGAUCAUCCAGAGAGAUUUGCUUAUAAUCCUCAGGUUAUGUGUCGAGAGAUUCUGACUGGACGCUGUUACUGGGAGGUUGAAUGGGGCUCCAGGGAGGUUGAACAGGGCUCUUGGGCUCGUAUAGCAGUGGCCUAUAAAGGAAUCAGCAGGAAAGAAGGGACUGUCUGUAAGUUUGGAUACAAUGACAAAUCCUGGUGUCUUUUCUGCACUAGUAAUGGAUUUGUUGUCUGGCACAAUAAUGUCAGCAAGAACAUAAAAACCCAUGCACCAAAAUCUAACAGAGUAGGAGUGUAUGUGGAUGUGUCGGCCGGCACUCUGUCCUUCUACAGCGUCUCUGACACACACACACUCACACACUUACACACAUUCAACACCACAUUCACUGAACCCCUCUAUGCUGGAUUUAAGGUUUUUGAGUCCAAACUGUCUCUGUGUCAGAUUUAACAAACGCAGCCUUAAAUGCCAAGGUAGAUUAGUACAGAUGUAAUGGAGUACAGUUGUAACACUAAAUAUUUCCCUUCAAAAGUUGCAUACGGGUGAUGAUUGUAUAUGCAAAUUCACACUGUAAUGAGGACAGAUCUCAAAAAAGUUAUUUUGUUAUAAAAGCAUUUAAAUUGAAAAAAUCCCAUAUUUAUUCUGGUCAGCAUUUGUCCAAAACAGCACAAAAAAAACACAACUGUACUGAAUCUACUCAAUUCUCUGUCUGUUCAUUAGGUGCUGAAAUGUCAUUGUACUUCAUUUGUAACAUUUGGUUGUAAAAUGGUCAGGUAGGGUGUUGUGAAAAACCAAGAAUAUGCUAUAAUAAAUGGCCAGUUUUAAUAUAUGGCAACAAGUCACUAAACAUUUCAACUCCCUCCACCCAGAAUUUCAUUAAUUAAUUGUCUGCAAGAAUCAAGCCACCACUUUGUUUGUAAAAGCUAUGUACAAAUCAUUGUGGACGUCUUAUUUAUUUACAUACAUAUUAAUUCAUUUUCAUCUACUUUAUGUAUUUAUUUAAUAUUACUUUUAAUUGUUGAUUAAAUUAAGAUAAAUAAAUUGAUUAGAUUCAGCUAAAAAUUACUUAUUCUCUCUCAUUUGGCCUGAUUAGGUGGGCAGAUCACUGGAUCAGUGUUUCUCUCACUUCUUCUCUUGGAUUAAUAAAUGAAAAAUGUAGUACAUGUCGAAUUUUACAAAUGGUUAAAACACUCUAUAUUAAAUAAUAAAAGAACAAAUGUGAAUUAAAGAACAAA